AUCCCAUAGUGCCCCGCGCCGCCCCCAUCUCCGGGGCGGGCCGGAAGCGGCCGGGCCGGGCGGCGAUGGCGGCGCGGGCCGCGCUGCUGCUGCUGCUUCUCAUGGCGGCGGCGGCGCCGGACCCGGCCCAGGGCUCGCAGGGGGACCGGGAGCCGCUGUACCGGGAGUGCCUGAGCCGCUGCGAGCGGCAGAACUGCUCGGGGGCGGCACUGCGGCACUUCCGCGCCCGGCAGCCGCUCUACAUGGGCCUGACAGGCUGGACGUGCCGGGAUGAGUGCCAGUACGAGUGCAUGUGGCUGACGGUGCGGCUGUACCAGCAGGGCGGCCACCGCGUGCCCCAGUUCCACGGCAAGUGGCCCUUCUCCCGGUUCCUGUUCUUCCAGGAGCCGGCCUCCGCCUUCGCCUCCUUCCUGAACGGCCUGGCCAGCCUGGUGAUGCUGCUGCGCUACCGGGCGGCCGUGCCCCCCGCAGCCCCCACCUACCCCACCUGCGUCGCCUUCGCCUGGGUCUCCUACGUGCAGACUCUGUGCAAGGGGCUGUCCCAGCCCACCACCAACCUGGUGGCCGGCUGCCUCCAGCUCAACUCCCGCAACUUCCUGACGGAGCAGGGCCAGGAGGGGGGCCGGUUCCACGGCCCCAACGCCGCCUCCUUCGCCGUGCACCCCUACCCCUACCCUUGCUCGCGGCUGGCCGCGGCGCCCUGCCCGCCCGCCGCCGGCCCCGGGCCGCACGGGCUGAGGACACACGGCUACUGCGCCUCCGCCUACGAGAGCCUCUACGGCAACGCCUCCCCCGACUACAACAGCUCGGAGUACGACGGGGGGCUCAGCCCCCCGCUCUGCAUCAACGGCAACUUCUCCCUCAAGCAGGACUCUUCAUCCCCCGACCACGAGAAAAGCUACCACUACUCUAUGCACUACUCGGCGCUGCCCGGCUCCCGCCCCGCCGCCCAUAACCUGGUCUUCGGCUCGGCGGGGAUGCGCGGGGGGGUCCACUCCGAGAACAUCUUCCCCUACGACAUGCACCUCCCGCACGAGCGGGGCCCCAUGUACGAGGAGCUCAACGCCUUCUUCCACAACUGACCCCCUCCCCGACACCCCUCCCCGUCGCCGAGCUGGCGGGGAGGGGGGGGAGACACCCCCACAACAACCCCCCCCCCCCCACCCGCGGCGGCCCCGCGGAUCGGCCCCCGGGGCUCCGCCGUGGGCUUUGGUGCAAUAUGGGGACCCGGCCCCGGCGGCGGGUCCCCGCGCCCCGUGGGGACAAAGUGCUUUUUUGGGAGGAUUUUCCCUUUUCCUUAAUUUUUUUUUUUUUUUUUUUAAUUCUAGUCGAUUUCGUUCUUUUA